GGCAGCGAUGCGGAGUUGCGCUGGAGUCCUCCUCCGGCCGCAGCAUGACGGAUAGUGCGUGAUUUAAAGACGGUCGAAGCUCGACUCCACUCCUUCAGCCCGAGAGCGAGCCACAGAAACCAUGGUCUUCAUCACAAAAGAAAGCUCAACAUAAGGCCCGAUCAGAGGUUCGGAUCAUCACUGUGGGUGAAGUGAAUGCGGGCAGAAGGAGAGCCGGAGAGACGCCGCGCGGAGCUGCACUGAGCGAAGGAGGGAAGUGUUUUGUUGAGCGGUGGGAGCGGAGUGGGGGAUGUCGGCCAGGAGUGGAGCAGCACCUCGGGGGUGCAGCAACCCCAGCCUGCAGCCUCUCAGAGCCACAGUCCCAUUCCAGCUCCAGAGGGGCUCGGCUCUCCUGUGCAGAGAGGUCAAGACGGCUGACAGGACGGCGGCUCGCCCACCGAAACCCACAAUCCGCCGAACCCUUUCCUUGGACGCCAUCGUUGGACCCUAUCUGCAGGGACAGUGGCCCAAAGAGGCAGAGAGCACGGCUGUUACCUGCGUCAAUGACAAAGCCACGCAGACUCCGAGUUCCUGGGCCGAGGAGACCCGAGGGAGGAGGAGUGGCAGCGGGCACAAGCGCUCAGCGUCGUGGGGCAGCGCGGAGCAUCUGAGGGAGGUGGCCAAGCUGAGGCACCAGCUGCAGAAGCGCUCCCGCCAUGCCCCUCCCUCAGCAGGAUACGAGCUCCCCCACCACCCCCUGCCAGCGGGUCAUGCUGCAGGCGUCACUCAGACAAUGCCCCUGAUGCCGCUGAACAGACUCGCCCCACGGCUGCGGCGCAGUGUUGAAGGCCUGAACCUGGAGCUGGAAGAGGUGUUUGUUUCUGAGAAAGCUGACGACCAGCAUGAGAUUCUGGAUAUCCCAGAUGGCCACAGGGCCCCCGUCCCUGCCCAGAGAUGCAGCAGUGGCUCUCAGAGCGAGCCGUCCCCAGGCCCCCUGGAUCCUUCCCUCCUCUCUCCUUCUCAGUCCCCCUGCCCUCUAGAUCCAUCGCUUCUGUCGCCUUCAAAUUCCCCCUGUCCCCUGAAUCCAUCUCUUUUGUCUCCAUCCCAGUCUCCCUGUCCCAUGGGAGAGCCAGAGCCGGUGGACUGCGAGGCCCUGUGCCCCUCUCCGUCGACGUCGCUCCCUUCCUUUGCGCUGGAUCCUCCUCUGCUGCAGCCCUGCUCCUCCGCUCCUCGGCCCAACAAAACCUGCUCCUUCCAGCGUGAGCCGCCGGAAGGCUGCGAGCGAGUACGAGUGUGCGAGGAGGCGUUGUCUGCCUGUCAGGAUGAACCUCUCCUCCAGCCAUCCUGCCCCGACCCCAAUAAAGUCAACUUUACCCCCCACGGAGGCUCUGCUUUCUGCCCCGUCAGUCUUCUGAAGCCCCUCCUGCCCUCCAUGGACCUCCUCUUCCGCGGCCUGUCAGUCUCUCCGGUCACCGGCUGCCCCGGUCAGGUCUCCUACCAGGCACCUGGGCAUGCAGUAGGUGGAUAUCAGAGCAGAGCCUCUGAGGACUAAACCACUCUGCACUGCCAGGACCUGCAGAAACUGGAAUUGUUUAUGUAUACGCAGGGUGCCAACAGAUACCUGUGGUUACCUGACUCAUCACUGCUGCGACAUGCUGUGAUCACUGUGAUCAAAAUAAGAGACUGUAAACAUUUCAUCGUACUCUAGAUUAACGGCUUUACUGACUGUUACCAUCUGCAGGAUGCUUGGAUGCUGAUAUUUGCCUCAUCUGCACUUAAAUUGUCCGAGUAUUCCCCCGUGUGGGCUGUGGAUGAGACUACAGGACUGAAGUUGUGGAAAUGUUGAAAAAUGCUGAAAUGGAGUUUUUCCACUUUGGUUUUUUUUUUUUUUCUAAAAGUGAUUAUUGUUUUAGUUAUGCAUCAGCGGUUCAGGCAAAGACUACAGUUUGCUGGGGAUGUUUUCAUUUUUAUGUCAAAAUAAGUGAAUUCAGAGUCAAAAACCCGAGCACUUAGAACACUUGAGCAUUACUUCCUUCCUGUCCUUUACUAUUGAUUCAUGUCCUAGUAAAGUGUUAAGUUUAGAUGAACUUUCAGCUUAAUUUGUGACACUUCUUUGAUGAAAAGUACUUGAUGGGUUAAUUCCUGACAUUUCUUAAAAUCCGUUGGUUGAAGAGAAAUAUUUUUGGCCUAUAGUUUGUGGUGGCCUACUUUUCUACAGAUGUAUUUCUAGGAAGAUAUAUAUUUUUGUAUCUUUGUAAGGAGUUUGAGGCAGGUGAUGCUGUUUUUGUAUUCACUUUCUGUUUAUACUUAGGUGAUUUAUAAGCAGGAAUGGAUGUUCUAUUAGCUUUACUUGUCUACAGCAGGCAUCGUUCUAACCAAACAUUUUGGUCAACUUUUUUUUUUUAGAAUUUGAGUUCUUUGUCUGAAUCUGAGCCUCUUUGGACCAUGUGGUUCUGGCCAGACAGCAUUAAUUCAGUUUGUUGUGGAAGACGUUGAUUCCCUCUGCUCGAGUUAAUGCUCAAAUGGAUAAAGUGCUGUCCUUGUCAGCAUGAUCCUAUGCAACACUUACUAAAACAAAAAAAAACAUGGCCUAUAGUAACAAUAAUAAGUGGAUGAACAAUAGGUACUAUUUGUCCACCCUGUGUUUUCUCAGACCUGAGUAUACACCCUUUUCAUACUUUCUGAGGUCAUGACACUCAAAAUUGUUUUGUGUGCCGUUGCUAUUGUGAAGAAAAUAAAAUAACCAGAUUUUC